AUGGCAGGAAGCAGAUUAUUCUUGGCGCCGCUUGUUGCAGUUGUGGUCGCCGUUUUUGCUGGCUAUAUUAAUUUCGGAAGCAUCUAUCGCACUUUGCACAUCACCGGGGUCUUGCGCAAGGAUGAGUGCACCAUCGCGACCGAGAAGCUAGAAGCCAUCCACAUUCAGGGCACGCCGCACUGCGAAGACCUCCAUCAUCAUGUAGCCAGCGGGUUACUUUUCACCGCCUGCGAGGGCUCUGUGGAAGCUAGACACUCCUGGUUUCCGCCCCUAACAAUCUUUGACGAUGCUAGCAAGGUCGUGGAAGCUCCAGGCGCCAUUACAGUCAUUGAUCCCCAGAGUAUGAAAGCAAAACGCCUCCAAUUCCAGGGAUUCUCUGGCCCGUUCGUUACACACGGCAUCGACGUUAUUGACGAUCCGGCCGCAGCGCCCGGCGCAGCCGUUUUUGUCUUCGCCGUCAACCAUCGGCCAAAUGCGGCCCAAGAUCCGCUGGCACCAAAAGCUGAUUCAGUGAUUGAGCUGUUUCGCCAUGUCAUCGGAACGAGUACUGCUCGGCAUAUCCGCACGAUCAAGCACGACUUGGUACAAAUGCCCAAUGACAUCUUGGCCUUGUCUCCCACUUCUUUCCUCGUCACGAACGACCACUUCUAUCGAGAGGGUGCUAUGCGGAUCAUCGAAGAUGUAUACUCCGGUGCCGUUUGGUCAAACACCAUCUACGUCGAAUUCGAAAACGGCGCGGCCAAGCAACAUGAGACGGCUGGGGUGCAGGCCAACGUGGCUCUUACGGGUCUGCACAACAACAACGGCCUAGGCCGGGGGAGGACGCCCGAAGAAGUUGUGCUCGUCAGCGCUGCGAGCGGCGAGGUCUACUUUGGCGCGCUCGAGCGAGCCGCAGGUCAAGUCACCAUCCGCAUCAAGGAGACGUUCCAAGCAGACUCUACGUUGGAUAACCCGUUCUACCUGGUAGACCCAUACGCCAACGACACCUUUGAUGCCAGUGGCUUCGUCCUUGCAGGGCUUUCGAGGGGCAUCAAUCUUGCUCAGCACAGCAGGCUUAUCGAUGCACCAGACGGAGUCAUGGUAUGGCAUCUCCAAGAUCGCUCCUUACGCACAGCGGGGGAUGCCGAAAGUUUGUGGGAGGCCAGGCUCCUACUCCAUGACAAUGCGGAUUAUAUUAGAACCGCAAGCGCUGCUGCCCUCGUCCCCCUGGACCCCGCCAAAAACAACGGUCAGCGACGAGCCUGGCUUUUCGUUACCGGCUUCUUGUCGAAAAACAUGCUAGCCGUUAACAUCGGGUUGUAA